AACGGCGCCGCGGGGUUGGCUGCUGCCCUGAGGCCGGACUCAACGGAUUCGGGCCGCGCCACCGGGCGAGCUCGCCGCCCGGCCCCAUCCCGGAGCCAGCGAGCGAGCGAGGCGGCGCCGCGCGGCUUCAUGCCUAGCGCAGAGCCCACUGUGGAGCCUGAACUCACAACCCUGAGAUCAAGACCUGAGCUGAGAUCGAGUCAGAUGCUUAAUGGACUGAGCCACCCUGGUGCCCCUGAUUUGCUUGUAAAUGCAUCACAAAGAGGCAGCCCAGAAUGAAGAAAGCAAGCAGGAGUGUUGGCUCAGUGCCUAAAGUGUCUGGGAUAAGCAAAACACAAACAGUAGAAAAAACUAAACCUGAAAACAGCUCUUCAGCAUCUACAGGAGGCAAACUCAUAAAACCUGGAACAACAGCAUCAUUGUCAAAGACCAAGAGCAAUGAUGACCUCUUAGCUGGAAUGGCUGGAGGGGUGACAGUGACUAAUGGUGUUAAAGGAAAGAAAAGCACCUGCCCUUCUGCUGCAUCUUCAGCAUCGGUCCCUGCCAUGACCACCGUGGAGAAUAAAUCCAAGAUCAGCACAGGCACAAGUUCUUCAACCAAGCGGAGCACUUCUAUAGGUAAUAAAGAAUCCAGUUCUACGCGAGAAAGAUUACGCGAACGUACCCGACUAAACCAGAGCAAAAAAGUACCCUCUGCGGGUCAAGGAGCCAAUGAUGUGGCAUUGGCCAAGCGUUCCCGCAGUCGCACCACAACAGAAUGUGAUGUUCGCAUGAGCAAGUCUAAGUCGGACAAUCAGAUCAGUGACAAAGCUGCUUUGGAAGCCAAAGUGAAAGAGCUGCUCACGUUGGCAAAAACAAAGGAUGUGGAAAUCUUACAUUUGAGAAAUGAGCUCCGAGACAUGCGGGCCCAGCUGGGCAUUAAUGAAGAUCAUUCAGAGGGUGAUGAAAAGUCUGAGGAGAAAGAAGCCGUCAUUGCUCACCAGCCAACCGAUGUUGAGUCCACCUUGUUGCAGUUGCAGGAACAGAAUACUGCCAUCCGUGAAGAACUGAACCAGCUGAAAAAUGAGAACAGAAUGUUAAAGGACAGGUUGAAUGCCCUGGGCUUUUCCCUAGAGCAGAGGCUGGAUAAUUCUGAAAAGCUAUUUGGUUAUCAGUCCCUGAGCCCAGAAAUCACCCCUGGCAAUCAGAGUGAUGGAGGAGGGACCCUGACCUCUUCGGUGGAAGGCUCUGCCCCUGGGUCUGUGGAGGAUCUCUUGAGUCAGGACGAGAACACCCUCAUGGACCAUCAGCACAGCAACUCAAUGGACAAUCUAGACAGUGAGUGCAGUGAGGUGUACCAGCCCCUCACAUCGAGUGACGACGCCCUAGAUGCGCCAUCGUCCUCAGAGUCCGAAGGCAUUCCAAGCAUAGAGCGCUCCCGGAAGGGGAGUAGCGGCAACGCGAGUGAAGUGUCCGUCGCUUGCUUGACAGAAAGGAUACACCAGAUGGAAGAGAACCAACACAGCACGAGUGAGGAACUUCAGGCAACUCUGCAAGAGCUAGCUGAUUUGCAGCAGAUAACCCAAGAACUGAAUAGUGAAAAUGAAAGGCUUGGAGAAGAGAAGGUUAUUCUUAUGGAGUCUUUAUGUCAGCAGAGUGAUAAGUUGGAACACUUUAGCCGACAGAUUGAAUAUUUCCGCUCCCUUCUGGAUGAGCAUCACAUUUCUUAUGUCAUAGAUGAAGAUGUAAAAAGCGGACGCUAUAUGGAAUUGGAGCAACGUUACAUGGAUCUAGCUGAGAAUGCCCGUUUUGAACGAGAGCAGCUUCUUGGUGUCCAGCAGCAUUUAAGCAAUACUUUGAAGAUGGCAGAACAAGACAACAAGGAAGCUCAAGAAAUGAUAGGGGCACUCAAAGAACGCAAUCACCAUAUGGAGCGCAUCAUUGAGUCUGAACAGAAGGGUAAAGCAGCCUUGGCAGCCACGCUAGAGGAGUACAAAGCCACAGUGGCCAGUGAUCAGAUAGAGAUGAAUCGUCUGAAGGCCCAGCUGGAGAAUGAGAAGCAGAAGGUGGCAGAGCUGUAUUCCAUCCAUAACUCUGGAGACAAAUCUGAUAUUCAAGAUCUCCUGGAGAGCGUCAGGCUGGACAAAGAAAAAGCAGAGACUCUGGCUAGUAGUCUGCAGGAAGAUCUGGCUCAUACCCGAAAUGAUGCCAAUCGUUUGCAGGACACCAUUGCAAAGGUAGAAGAUGAAUACCGAGCCUUCCAAGAAGAAGCUAAGAAACAAAUAGAAGAUUUGAAUAUGACAUUAGAGAAACUAAGAUCAGAGCUGGAAGAAAAAGACACAGAGAGGAGUGACAUGAAAGAAACCAUCUUUGAACUUGAAGAUGAAGUAGAACAACACCGAGCUGUGAAACUUCAUGACAACCUCAUUAUUUCCGAUUUAGAGAAUACGGUUAAAAAACUCCAGGACCAAAAACAUGACAUGGAAAGAGAAAUCAAGACACUCCACAGGAGACUUCGGGAAGAAUCUGCAGAAUGGCGGCAGUUUCAAGCUGAUCUCCAGACUGCUGUGGUAAUUGCAAAUGACAUUAAAUCUGAAGCCCAAGAGGAGAUUGGUGAUCUGAAGCGCCGGUUACAUGAGGCUCAAGAAAAAAAUGAGAAGCUCACAAAAGAAUUGGAGGAAAUAAAGUCACGCAAGCAAGAGGAAGAGCGAGGCCGGGUGUACAACUACAUGAAUGCUGUUGAGAGAGAUUUGGCAGCCUUAAGGCAAGGGAUGGGACUGAGUAGAAGGUCCUCAACUUCCUCUGAGCCAACCCCAACGGUAAAAACCCUCAUCAAAUCCUUCGACAGUGCAUCGCAAGUACCAAACCCUGCUGCAGCUGCAAUUCCUCGAACGCCUCUGAGUCCAAGUCCUAUGAAAACCCCUCCUGCAGCAGCUGUCUCCCCUAUGCAGAGACAUUCUAUAAGUGGGCCAAUCUCUGCAUCCAAACCCUUGACAGCGCUGUCAGAUAAGAGACCAAACUAUGGGGAGAUCCCCGUUCAAGAGCACCUAUUAAGAACAUCUUCAACCAGCCGACCUGCUUCUCUGCCAAGAGUACCUGCCAUGGAAAAUGCCAAGACCAUCUCAGUAUCUCGACGAAGUAGUGAAGAGAUGAAACGAGACAUCAAUGCACCCGAGGGAGCAUCGCCGGCCUCUCUUAUGGCUAUGGGAACCACGUCUCCACAGCUUUCCCUGUCUUCCUCUCCCACGGCGUCCGUCACCCCCACCACCCGAAGUCGGAUAAGGGAAGAAAGGAAAGACCCUCUGUCUGCAUUGGCGAGAGAAUAUGGAGGAUCAAAGAGGAAUGCUUUGCUGAAGUGGUGUCAGAAGAAAACAGAAGGCUAUCAGAAUAUUGACAUUACAAACUUCAGCAGCAGUUGGAAUGACGGGUUGGCCUUCUGUGCUCUCCUGCAUACGUACCUUCCGGCCCACAUUCCAUAUCAAGAGCUGAACAGCCAAGAUAAGCGAAGGAACUUCACCCUGGCCUUUCAGGCAGCUGAGAGCGUCGGCAUCAAAUCCACACUGGACAUUAAUGAAAUGGUCCGGACCGAGCGGCCUGAUUGGCAAAGCGUGAUGCUUUACGUGACAGCAAUCUACAAGUACUUUGAAACCUGAGCACACCAGAAGGACUCUCCCCAUUACCAAGUGACACCAACGCCAUUAGCUAUGCACCCCGUAAAGCUUUCAGCGACUCUCUGGGCUGCCCCGCAGCGUGUGAGCCUUCAGCCGGGGCCUCUGAGUUGGGAGAACUCAGGCGUCUGUGGCCCACGGCUCACACUGGGCUCCUCGUACAUGACCUGUCGGGUCAGAGGUCGGCGUGGGCUCAAUGCACAUCACACACGCUGUUUGCUGCGGAGUUUCUUUUCUGAAGAGAAUAUUGAACUACAUUAGUGCUGCGGGGUGUAAAAAACGGCUCACGCACAGCUAAACUUGGGGAAGGGGGUGAAAUGAUGUGGGCAGCUCACAGGGGGUUAGUGAAAGCUUUAGCUGCAGCUGUCUGGACUCCUUGCCAGCGCAGGUUCUGUCACCUGGGAGAACUGGGCAGGGAAGUCGGCACCUGGCAGAGAUGGCUGGGUGAACAGGCCACAGCCCUGGACGUGGGCUCAGUUUCAAGGCAUGCAUCCCAUGGCAGUGGGAUGGCCACCGCUUCCGGGUGACAGGGCUGUCCUGGCCCGUGUGAUUUAAGUGUUUGCAACUUGAGCUAACAAAUGAUUGCGACUCAAGUUCCUGGCUCAAAGGGUCUGCUGCUGCUGAAUGGUUGGUUUUGCUGCUGGGUCCCCCUUGUCACGCCUCUGCCGACCUGUCCUUCAGCCUUGAAGGGGCUUGGAAACCCAGCUCUGGCAUUAGGUUUCUGGACAAAAGAAUUGGUCAAAAAGAGUUCUGGUUAAAAUUUUUUUUUUUUCUUAUGAGCAAUAUUGGGGGGAAAAGCUCCUGUUCUAUUGGUACCAAAGUUAAAUUUGUUUCGCGAACGUAGAGCUAAAACACAAAAUCUGGACAUUAGCCUGGUGAAAGCCAGAAAUGAAGUCGGACAUAGCAGGAGAAAAAGCUAAACAGCUGGAGGGAGCCCAGACAGUGUAAUUUAAAGUCACUCUGAGUCACUCAGACGAAAUCCUCCUAGGCAAGAAUUUAAGGAAGUGCCUUAACUCUCCUUGCAAGGAGGGUCUUGGAGGCCACUGCAUACACAGCUACAGCAGAUGUCUUCAGGGCUCGUGACAUGCAGCCCAGCGAUGGAGUUGGUCCCCUGCCACACCACCUUCCAGGUUCCGAGUGACAGGCAGCCGCACCAGCACCUCUUCUGUGCAGCGGAACCAAAGCCUUAUCAUGAGGUGUCCUGGUGAGAUGACUCUCAGACUGGGACUCAGCCCUUCUUGGGAACAGGGAGCCUGCAUCUCAUGUGUGCCUAACACAGUAGCUGUUGGUUUAAACAGUGUCAAGACCUGUUGCUUCUAGAACACAGCUGUGUUUGGCACCUGCAAAGCAGCAUGAGGAAGAGUUGCCACCAGUGGAAGCAGGAUCACUGCCCCAACCACAGGAUGUGAAGAAGGUGCCCGGCCAACACAUGGGCCGAGGGUUCUGCGUUCAAGUGUGGUGUUCCUGACUAGGACUUGAUAUGUCUGUAGCCUAGAGAAGAAUGUGGUUAUUGUGAAAUGGGCUGUGUGUUGUGUGCAUGUGGCCUGCUGGCCCACAGUCAGGUGGCUGGUAAGUGCCCACAGCCCUGCCCAGAGGUCCUAACCUGCUGCCCCAACUGGAGGCUCUUUGUGAAAUGCCUGUUUUCAGCUAAGGAAGGAGAGGUCAGCAGAGUCCAGCCCCAGGGCACACUGGAAGACCCUGGGAGAUGGUACCUGUCUCAACCUUCCUGACGAGGUUCUAUUCUGAUUUCUGUUGUUCUGUUGACAGUUGCCCUGUGCUGUCACAGGAGGGACUGUUAGGUGAGAACUAAUUGUUUUUCAGUGUCUUUCCACUUGGUCUUUCUGAGUUCCGCUUUGGCUCUCAUUCGCCCUCAUAGAAGCCUGUGCUCCUGUCUGGACCCAGUAUGUCCGAUCUGCAGCCAUGUUUUUGUUUAUUUAUUGUGUUGGGGGGUGCUUUUUUGUUCUGUGAAGGAAAAGAUUUCCCUGGAUCUGCAGUUCACACAUCUGUCCCUUCCUAGCCAAGCGAGCCAGCCCUGGCAACUCAUGCUGGUAGGCAUGGGGCUGUGCUCACAAGGCUGCCAGUGGGGUCAGUGACAGGGCAGAGGGUGGCCGCGGGGAGUGCCGGGACCAGGCCCACCUGUUUAAAGGCCCAUUUCUGUCUCUCUGACAAGAAGCUGUGCAGGGGUGUCUGGCUGGGCUGCCCACAUUUGCAUGUGGGUCCACAGGUGAGAAGAUUCUAGAAGCGUGAUUUUUGCUUUUUCUAAUAGGAUUCUUUUUAUGAUGUUGGCUUUAUAGGAUAAUUCUAGAUGGUCAUACAUACCUAAAAGUGCUACUGUGAGGUGCUUUUAGUCCAGUGGCACUUGACCUGAAGCCUCCAGGAAGUCAUUUUGCCUCUUCUCCCUUCAAGCACAAGCUUUACUGCAAAAGGGCCAGUUACAUUUCUGUAUCCCUCAACCAUGGGCUUCUGCUGACUGACAAUACUUUUUUAUUUUGUUCUAUGAAAUAUUCUCAAAUGUAUUAAAAUUGCUGAAAGACA